AUGGAAUGUGGAUGGGAAGAGUGCUUGGCCGCACAAACGAAAUGUCGUACUUGUCGACAAGAACCACUUGGAGAUCCUCCUCCACCCGUAGACAACGAUUGGAUUCCCGAUGUGACCAUGCUGCAUCGCAUGUUCUUGCAGGGCAAAGACUCCAACGACAAACCAUGGCCACCACGUGUGGGAGGCGAUAUCUGCAAAGACUUUUGGAAUGGCCGUGAUAUCAACAAACAACUCUUCCAGCAGGUUCCGGUUUCCAUAGUAGCGCCACCACCUGCUGCUAAGGCUCCAAAAGGACCCAAAAUUUUCUGUGGCAUUUACACCAUGGCAAAAGCUCAUUCCUUGACGAUUCGAGCCAUGCGCGAAACCUGGGCGCCUCGGUGCGAUGGAUUCUUGGCAUUUUCUACUCAAUCCGAUCCCCGCAUUCCGGCUAUAUCCAUCACACACGAAGGCCCGGAAGAAUACAACAACAUGUGGCAAAAAAGUCGCGCCAUUUGGAAAUUCAUUGGCGAUCACUACCUGCAAGAGCAAGAGUAUGAUUACUUUUUUCUAGGCGGUGAAGAUUUGUUUGUCAUUGUCGACAAUUUGCGGGCGUAUUUGGGAACACUGGCGUCAGGCCCGGAAGAAGACCAUUUUGUGGGACGACGGUUCAAAGGCCAUGGUCCUGACAAUUAUUUCAACAGUGGUGGCGCCGGGUAUGCCCUGUCGCGUGGGACAUUGCGAAAAUACAUUGAACGCGGCUACGAUCAUCCCGAUUGUGCGGCGCAUCGACAUACGAGUAUGGAAGAUGUCAUGAUGGCACAAUGUUUGCGAAAAGUAUUUGGGAUUGGAUUGACCGAUACUCGUGAUGAUAAAGGAAGAGAACGAUUUCAUCCCUUUGCACCGGGAUCUCACUUGACCCGCAAAAAGGACGAACAUGAUUGGUACAAUGACUACAACAAGGAAUGGGGGAUUGGAUAUGGUACGGACUGUUGUGCUCCCGAUAGCGUGUCGUUUCACUAUAUCAAAAAAGCCACCAUGGUGAGACAUCUACACGCCCUUUUAUAUGAAUGUGGUGACGGUACAAGCAAGCAAUGA